AGGACGGAGAGGAGGAGGAGGAGGAGGAGGGCGGAGCUGCAGCCAAGAUGACCACGGUAGCACCCCUGGGUGACACCACCUUCCUCCCGUCGAACGCGAGUACAAAGACAACUGCGGAGCUCCUCUAUAAGAGUUCCGGAGCGAUAGUAGCAGCCAUUGUGAUCUUCGUCAUUGUCGUAUUCACCGUGGUGCUGGUCCUCCUAAAAAUGCACAACAGGAAAAUGAGGACCAAGCGGGAGCUGGAACCCAAGAGCGGCAAGGCCGCCUGCCCGCCGGCUCUGGGGCCCGGCAGCGGCUCUGCCGGCCAGCCCACCGCACUCACUUUCGUCCCCGUGGACAUCCACAUGGAGAACCGGUGAUGGGCGGGGGGGU